GUGACUAAACGUUGACGCAACAUUACGUCCAGUCACCUGCCGGCGCCGUCGGCCGCUCCGUAAGUUGGAUGAUGAGAUCUGCGCCAGGUGGCCGGGCUGUGUGGUGGCGGUUUCACUGACAAACAUCUCCGUUCGUUUGCGUUACUCCCAAUUCGAGCAGCCCUACCCAGGCGCAAGAAUACACUCGAAACCCAACAGCGAAGCCCAACAUUUCAGCGUAGCGAGACUCAGGACAGGCGGGCAGCAUGACCACACAGCUAUGCCACAGGACGCCGUCUUCUUACUCGUCUUAGGAUUUCUUACAUGCUUAGAAACAGGAGAGAGCUUGACAUGUUACACGUGUAAGGAGUCGUUCAAGUGGGUUUACUACAGCACGGUGUGCGAGAACGAGGUGACCAGGGACAACUCUACUCUGUCGUCAUGUGGGGCCAGCGCAAGAUACUGCAUGAUCGAGAAAACGACGGUGAACGGUAUUGUGGAGAGCUUCGAGCGCGCAUGCGCAGAUACGUGCUACUUCGGGUGUAAGAUUUCUGGACUCGGCGUCACCAAAGAGGCAAGUUUUGUCUUGAUGAUACCUAACGCCAGUUCACUUUUAUCCGCGGGGUAACCUAUGUCCGUUGUA